AUGGUGAAACACUUCUCCGUGGAUUGGCUGGCACAGAGCCACUACAGCAGCGAGCCGAAAGAGGACUACGGAGCUGUGGUGGAUGGUACGCAAACUCACAGACCUCAUAUCCCUUGCAUGGUGCAGCCGCGUCCACCUACGUGUUAUGGCAAGGGUUAUCUGCAAGCAAAACCAAAGUCUGCUGAACGCAUGGAUUCAGUGGAGGACGUCAGCCCUCAGGAAUCCAGCUUGAGUUCACCGUUUCAUCCGGCCAGCUGCGCCUCACCAAUUUCCGAAGUCAGCGGGUACUCCUCCGGGUAUGAGAGCGAAGCCGCCUCCUCCGAGUGUCUCUCUGUGGAUGAGGGAAGCGAGGUGGAGAGAGACGGGCCCCAGCGCCGUGUGCGCACCAAGUUUACUCCCGAGCAGAUCAACAAACUGGAGAAGAUCUUCAGCAAGCACAAAUACCUGGAUGCUGGGGAGAGAGUCAAGACAGCGCAGAAGCUGAACCUCACUGAAACUCAGGUGAGGACUUGGUUUCAGAACAGGAGGAUGAAGUUGAAACGGGAGGUGCAGGAUUACCUCGCUCCUCCAAUGCCCCCCGCGAUGUUUCAGUCACUUCCCCCGGUUCAGUACCACAGCCUGGUUGGACAGCGACUCCAGUACUCCCUCCCCAGCCAGCCGUUCUUCCCGGCCCCCGUCCCACAGCUCGUCCUGCAGCCGCAGAUCGCCUCUCAUCAACCUCAGCACCUCAUGAUCCACAACCCGCAAUUCUACUAA